AACCAUUUUAGAUUUUCAAAAUAUUUUAGGUUUCUUUAUUCUUUUUUCAGCUCACUGACAGUGUCGAAACUUGUUUGGGAAGCAAAAAUCUUCUGCACCACGCCCUACCUCUCAUUUGUAUUUAUUUCCACCAUCCAUUACUUUAGUUUCUCGACGAUGCCGGUGCCGGUGCCGGUGCCGAUGAAGGGGCUAAAGCCGACGAGAGCGGCUGGUAAAAUAAUGAACUGGAAGGAGCUAUCACGUGGAAGCGACCUAGGAGUAUGAGACAUCAUGAUAAUAGUAGGAUUCUGAGAGCUAAACCCAACUCCACACAAAUGCAAGCAAAACCCAAGAAUUUGUACGGAUUUGGGGUAAAGAAGCUUCCUUUCAAAAGACCCACGACUGAUCAAGCCGUGUUUUCUCCCAAUAAAUUGAAAAAGAAGAUUUUUGAAGAAGAAGAAGAAGCAGCAGCUGCUAUGGAGGAUAGCGUUGAUAUGGAAACUGAUGGCAGUGAAGAAAAUGAAGGGGAAGAUACAGAAACAGAGAAAGAUAAUCCUGGUCAUUCCCUUAAACGUAAAGAUGAUGCAAAGAGUAAGAAAUGGGAAGAACCUGUGACAACUUAUUCACGGAAAAAAAGAAAUGUUAUGGAAAGAUCAUUAAUGUGCCAUCAGUGCCAGAGGAAUGAGAAAGGCCGAGUUAUUGAGUGCAAAACUUGCCGCCGGAAACGAUAUUGCGUUCGCUGUACAAAAUGGUAUCCAGGGAUGUCAGAGGAUGCCAUUGCUGAUGAGUGCCCAGUUUGUCGGGAUAAUUGCAAUUGCAUAGCAUGCUUGCGGAAGGAUGGUUCUACCAUGAAAUUGGCAAGAAAUCUACAUUUAAAGUUCACUGAUGAUGAACAAGUUCCGCACUCCAAAUACUUGCUUCAGUGUCUUCUCCCACACAUUGAACAAUUCAGUCAAGAACAAAUUAAAGAGAAGUUGAUAGAAGCUAAAAUUCAAGGUAUGUUUUUUUCCCUUCGAUCUGGGAGGAAAUGUCUGCACUUUUUGCAAUGCAAGAGCGUUUUCUUGCUACUUGUGGCUUUUUAUGUGGGAUCAAAUUAUUCUUUUUAUCUUAACAUUGUACCCAGGUUGAUAAAGCCAGAGUCUUUUAUGCUACCAUCAUUUCUUCAUGGCAUGCAUUAUGCAUUCUUCUGCAGUGGCAACUGCAGAACUUCAAUUGCUGAUUAUCAUCGAAGUUGUCCUAACUGUAAAUAUGUUCUCUGCCUUAUUUGUUGCCGGGAAAUCCAUGAGGGGCAUUUGCAGGUGGGAGAAGAGGAAGUAAACAUUCAAUAUGUUGACAGUGGUGCAUGUUACUUGCAUGGUGAACUUUGGUCUUUUACAUAUUCAGAAGAGAGGAUGCCUCUUGAUUCGUCUUCUGGAAUUGACUCUACAAAACACAGCUGUAUAGCAGCUAGGUGGAAAGCAAAUGAAAACGGUAGCAUUUCUUGCCCCCCAAAAGAUUUGGGCGGUUGUGGUAGUGCUCUUUUAGAGUUGAGAUCUAUGUUUAAAGAAAAUGCUGUCGUUGAAUUGGUAGAAAAGUCAGAGGCAAUAGCUAAAGAUCUCAGUCUUGAGACCGUGCUGAAGUAUCCUAAACAGCAGUGCCUUUGUUACACCUCAAUUGAUGAAAUUGAGUUUGCCAAUAAUAAACCAAGGAAAGCAGCUUCUCGAGAAGAUUCCACUGAUAACUAUUUAUAUUGUCCAAAAGCUAAAGAUGUUCAGAACAGGAAUUUAAAGCAUUUCCAAAGGCACUGGACUAAAGGGGAGCCUGUUAUUGUUACUAAUGUGCUUGAGAAUACACCUGGUUUGAGCUGGGAACCGUUUGUUUUGUGGCGUGUCUUAUGUCGGAUUAAAAGCAACAAGUUUGAACAGCAUGUGAAGGCUAUUGAUUGCUUAGAUUGGACGGAGGUAGAGAUCAAUCUUCAUCAAUUCUUCAAAGGCUAUAUGUAUGGUCGUUUGGGUUACUGUUUAUGGCCACAAAUUUUGAAAUUGAAAGCCUUGCCUGCAUCCAAGAAAUUUGAGGAGCACCUUCCGCGUCAUCAUGCUGAGUUUCUUUGUUGUUUGCCCUUCAAGGAAUACACGCUCUCUCAUUGUGGCCUUAACCUUGAUACCAAAUUAUCAGAGGUACUUCCUAAGCUAGAGAUGGGGCCAGAGUUACAUCUUGCAUAUGGAGUAGCUCAAGAGCUUGGGCGGGGAGACUGUGUAACCAAGCUUCACUGCAAUAUGUCUGAUGUGGUGAAUGUUUUGGUGCAUGCUGCUGAAGUGAAGCUUAAAGGUGAGCGGCUUGCAAGCAUCAUGAUGUUAAAAGAAAGGCACCAUGUGCAAGAUCUGAAGGAAAUAUUUGGGAUGAAGAAAAAGGUUGACAGAGUUUAGCCUGCUGGCUACUCCACACAGAAUGGCACUAGUUCUGCAAGGGUGUCAAAACUAGAAGACAGUGCGGUGGAAGAUGUUCAGGGAGGUGCUAUUUAGGAUGUUUUCCGGAGAGAAGAUGUUCCCCAAGCUAAGGGAUUAUCUUAACAAGCCCUUUAGGGAGUUCAGGCAUAUACAUUGUACUCCAGUACCACGGGUAAAAAUGCAUAUAGAUGCAUAUAGAGGUCUAUAUUUCUUAGAAAUAUGUCACGGGCUAAAGUGUAAAGCCCAUGACCAUAGCACAGGACGCGCCUUAUAGAGGUCUAUCGAUUAGAUAGGGAUCAUUUAGCCCAUGAGAACUGGCUCGAUUCCAAGAAUUAUUGGAUAAGCCUGUCAGGUUGAAGUGGUUAGCCCGAUAAUAAAAAUAUGACAACAUAGGAUAUUGUUAGUAACUAUGGGAAUCAUAUCUUGUACAUUUGAUUUAAUAUGAUGUAAUCUUGUAAAUCCCUAAAAUUAAGGGAUAGGUUAAUCUCGUUCGCCGAUGUAAUUGAAUCUUGACCAUCGGUUUUGGGAGAGCUCAACUAUAAAUAGAGAGCUUCCCCCUUAUUUGUAUCUCAUCCAUUAUAAGUUGAGUUCUUAAGAAUAAUAGAAUUCUUUGAGCAUUUACUCAAA